AUGGCGAAGAAGUUAUUAGACGAAGAAGAAGUGAAAGUAAAAGAUGAGACGCGUAAGCUUUACAACUGUGCAAAUAAGUUGGACCGGUUGUGUGAGAGGACAGAAGGGGAAUUAUAUGGAAAAUACAGACGGUGUAUAGAUGAACCCAGUAAUAAAUGCACAGUUAAUGUCAGCCGUCGGAUCAUUCAUCUGCCAAUCAUCACAGAUCUUCAUCGUCUCUCUCUUAUUCUCGUUAAAUCCCUUCCUCUCUCUCUCCGUGCCGGCGAGUUUUCCCUCGGAGUUAGUGUGAGUGAAGUUGAAGCAUUGUAUGAGUUAUUCAAGAGCAUAAGCAGCUCGGUUCUUGACGAUGGCUUGAUUAACAAGGUACUACUGAUAAUCAAAUUUCAACUUGCUUUGUCCAAGAAGAGAAAGAAGGAAAAUUUGUUUGCCAAUAGGAUAUUUGAUUUGUUUGAUGUUAAACGAAAAGGUGUCAUUGAUUUUGGAGACUUUGUGAGAUCACUCAAUGUAUUUCACCCUAAUGCUUCUCUAGAGGAGAAAACAGACUUCACGUUUAGGCUUUACGACGUGGACUGCACGGGCUGCAUUGAGCGCCAAGAGGUGAAGCAAAUGUUGAUUGCCCUUCUCUGCGAAUCUGAAAUAAAACUAGCUGAUGAUACCAUAGAAGUGAUACUCGAUCAGACAUUUGAGGACGCAGAUGUGGAUCGCGAUGGGAAGAUUGGUAAGGCAGAGUGGAGCGACUUCGUAAUGAAGAACCCAUCUUUGCUUAAGAUAAUGACUCUUCCAUAUCUGAGGGACAUAACGACCACGUUUCCAAGUUUUGUCUUUAACUCGGAGGUGGAUGAAAUUGCGACGUGA